UAUAGACUAAAAUCGACAAUGUAAUUUUAGUCAAUAAAUCAUACGUGACGUCAGCAGAACUGAUAAAACUGCUGAAGUACACUGAGGGAGUCUAUAGUCGAUAAACAAAAAUAUUUUAAGACUUGUCAGCGUAUAUUUUGCAUCCGCCACCACGCAUAAGAUUUUUUGGAGUCACGCAGCACGCUGCAGGUUACGUAUUUUAGCAAUUUUUCAGAGUAACCGUGAAAAGUGAAAAGGUGGAAGAUGGACGGCAUGGAUGCACAAUUGAUAACACAAGCUCUCAACUACCAUGGACAACAGCUCCAAAAGGUUUGGGAGAGCGAGCGCAAUGAGGCUGAAUUGGCGAUGCUCAAAAUCAAGGAGCCCAGUUUCGAAAUUUACCAACAACGACAGAAGACACUGAGUUUCAGUGACAGAGGAAAAAGGUUAAAGUUACAGCAGUUUUUAGUAAAAAAAGCUGAUACAAUAUAUGACAAGUCCAAUUUGAUCAAAACAUGUGAUCCUAUAAUACAAGAAUUGGGUGAUGAAGAAUUUUAUGCUACAAUGCCUGGCUUGGACUCUUUUGUAGCUAUGGAAAAAUCUCAACGAAUUCGUAAUUUCUUGGAGAGUUUAUUAGUAGGAGAUGUUAUUUUUGCACAAGUCAUGGGUAAAAGUGCAGCUGGAUUAUUAUUAAAAGUACUUUGCAAUUGUAGUGAUUUUCCACGAGUUGUAUCUGAUCUUGGUGUGAAGGCUUUGAUAUUAAAUACGGCUACUGUACCAGCUGUUGAUAAGAAGGGUGUUACAAGAGGUUACAUGGCUAAUGACUUAGUUUGUGUUGUUGUUGGUGAAGUUAAUGUAGAAGCUGAGCGAGUCGUUGCUGUUAUGAAUGUACCAGCUCGUGAAGGUCAAGCUCCACAUCCUGCCAUGGGGCUUGUACAUGCAGAAGAUCUACCAGAUGCAUAUAAGAAAGCUAUGGACAACAAGGGCCAAAGUUAUGAGACAAUCAUGGAGAAUAGUACUGGCUUCAAUAACCCUAACAACAUAAAAUAUCUAUCUGACUUGAUGGGGCUGGGUCAAUUAAACUAUUCCAACAUGGUCGGAUUAAGAGAAAGGUUUCCAUCUAAUGAGUAUGCCAGUGAAUUGAGGCAAGCGCAAGCCAGCAAAUGGGCAUUUCGAAGCGUAGCUGAAGGUAUUGACCAUUUCAAAGCUAAUCGACAUGUUGAAGCAUUUCAAUGUUUGAAUAAAGCCCUCACCGUUGAUCCUCGUAAUGUCGAAGGCCUCGUCGCUAGAGGGGCAUUAAACGCCAACAGUGGCAAUUUUAAGAAAGCCAUAGAAGAUUUCGAAACUGCACUCAAGCUCAACCCUAGCCAUGCAAAUGCGCGCAAAUACAUGGCUGAAACACUGGUUGCGCUGGGUCGUAGUUACGAAGAUGAAAAAAAGUACGAGGAUGCUCUGAAGGCUUACGAAAACUGUUUGACCAUAAUGCCCUACCAUGAAGAAGCCAAAAAUUCAAUAGAGUACAUAAAAAGCAAGAAAAAUCUACCAGUAGGCCUGGCAGCAAGCACAAUCGAGCCAUUCCGCAAUUUCGAUGCUACUGCUGCUGCUGCUAAUACUACUACUGAAAAAAAGAAACGUAAAAAAGAGCGCAAGUCGCGCUCCAAGAAACGACAGCGCUGGAGUUCUAGCUCUAGUUCCUCAAGUGGAGGCUCUUCAAGCAGUAGUAGUAGCUCUGAUUCGUCAGGCAGUUCAAGCUCCUCUGGCGGAAGUUCUCGUUCCAACUCACGCUCACCUGGCCGCUCUGGUAAACGCAAGCACAAGAAAGAACACCAUGGCUCGUUAUCACCUCUCUCCAAGCGCAUGGCUCAAUACCACAAUCCACCCGCUGGAGUUCUUGGUCAGGUUGGCCCUGCAAUGGCUUUGAGUCAGCCGCACCCACAGCAUCAACCGCCACAUCAUCAUCAUCAACAGCAACUACCCCAACAACUAGAUUUGCUCCAACCACCUCCUCAGCAGCUCUACACCUCGAGUGCGCGCGAAAAGGAGGAUUAUGAGCUCAAGGUGCGCAAAUUUCUUGAGCAAACUAAGGAUGACUCAGACUAUGAGGACAAGGUCAGGAAAUUUUUAGAAGAAACUGCCAGGUGGAAGCGAGACAAAGAAAAAGAAAAGAAACACGCGGAUUCGGAAAAAAAACUAAAAAAGAAGAAGAAAGAAAAGAAGGCUAAAGACAAAGAUAAAGAAGAAAAAAAGUUGCGCAAGAAAAAGAAAAAGGAGGAACGCAAAAAGCGUAAGAAUAAAGAUAAACUUGAGCGAGAUUUGCAAACAUCUCUGCCUGACAUAGAGCAACUCGAAUCUAAGCUUAGCGCUUACUAUGCUAAAGUGGAAACGGCCUCUAUCAAAAGGUAUGUACCACAGUAUAAUGACAUGCCUUCCCCCCUUAGUAAUGCCGAAAAGCUCGCCGAAGCUACACGCAGGGAAGACGACAUGCGAAGAGAAGAUGUAUUCAAGCAAUACCACGAUAGAGAUCCAAGGACGAAUAUGUCCUUACAAAGAAAAGAUGUUCAGCGGAAACCAUUUUCAGAUAUAUUUGAACAAGACUCGCAACUGAUUCAUCCAGAACAAAAAGUACCUUUGGAUACCGCAGCUCUCAACGCUAAAUGGAAAGCCGUCCAAGCAUCGAAACAACGUGAGCCACAUCAUCAAAAGUGGCCAGAUGUGCAGCCUGAAAAAAAGGUGAAGUCAGUUCUCGACAGCGAGGAAGAAGAGUCGGAGAUCCAGCGACCUCUUGACAAAUCCCUUAACAUUCGCAAACAAAUGCAACGUGAAAUGGCAGAAAAGCGCACUUUGCAGCAACAGUUAUCGGCCACGGCCCCGUCUUCGGGUCACAAAGACUCGCCGCUGAAGCAAGUGCAGCAGAAUCCGCAUCACGCGCCUCCUCCACCGCCGCAACAGCCGUCACCUGCGCCCGUCAAGUACCCAACUCCCCAGCCCCAAAACAAAUAUCAGGGCUACAAAGAGUCUUCCUUGACAUCGGGAAACUCUCACCACCAGCCAGCUUCGGUGCCAGCCAAAUUCUCGAGCCUUGGCAGCAAGUUCCAACCUAUUGGUCAGGCAGACGACCAACCCCCGUCUAUCUCUAACAGGCGACGCUCGGGAUCGCGCUCUGGCUCCGAAAGCGAUCGAGAACGCGGUCGGCGCAGUGGUGCCGGUGGUCCAGGCGAGCGAGACGGGUCGCGACAACGUCAGUCUGGUGGACCAGGCCCUCGGGUCAGACGUUCACGUUCCCGAUCGCGUAGUGGCUCCAGCUCUGGCUCGUCGCACUCGGGACGCUCUGGUCGACGGUCCCGGUCGCGCUCUUUCUCGAACCGGCGCUCCGGCAGUUACGAGCGCAAGUACAGUCGCUCGCCAUCCGGCAGCUACUCGGGACGCUCUCGGUCGCGUUCCCGAUCACGGUCACGCUCGUACUCACGAUCGCGCUCGCGCAGCCCUGACCGUGGCUACUACCGCAAACGACAGUUCAACAAUAACCGAAAUUUCAACAAUCGCGGCACUUACUACAAGCCUCGAUUCCAGCCAUACAACAAUCAGAACCAUCGAGGUCCUGGCCAAAACAAUUAUAGAAGCAGUGGCAACCAGCCUCAGCGCUUUUACAACAAUAAUCAGAAUAAUAAUCAGAAUCGCUUUAACAAUCGUGGUGGGCGCACUUUCCACCACAACAAUCAGCGUGGCCGCGAUGGACACAUGAUGGGCGGUCACCGUGGUGGGCGAAUGAAUCAGCGAGGCGGCCGCUAUUUCCACAACAAUCGCAAUUUCCGGGACCAACGAGACUUCCGAGACAGGAGGGACUUUAGGGAUAGACGAGCCUACUCGCGCGACCGCUACAGCGACAGAAGCAUGUCGCCUGACCCUAUGCGGAAGGUGGACGAGGCCAAAGAGAAGAUCAACCGCAUGAUAGAGGAGGGUGGUGAAGAUCGGCGCUCCUCCAGAUCACGUUCUCGCUCGCGUGCCGAUCGCUCACAAUCAAAAGCGGCUUCUAGGGAAAGAUCACGUGAUCGUUCGCGCUCACGCUCCAGAGACAAGGAAGCCGAAAGGGAUCGCUCGAGGUCCCGCGAACGCGAUCGUGAUCGUGAGCGAGGUGAUCGCGAUCGGGGUGACAGAGGAAACAGAGGAGACCGAGAUCGGGAGCGAAGCGAGGCCUCGGCAGGCAAGCGACGUGGCUCCGACGGUCGAGUGGAAGAGGAAGAGGAAGAUUACGAACGCUGGGGAGAAACCGACGAUGCUGACAAGAGCAAGGAUAGUUCAACGCUGCCCACUGGCGAUACAAUAUUGGAAGUGAAGGAUGAUUUUAUUCAGCGUAUGAAGCAGCGCAGUCAAAACGUUCUUAUCAAGAGAGCCAUUGAAGCUAGGACGUGGAACCGACCAUUUUCUCCUUAGACUUUUGAGUUCAAAUACAUUUCCGUAACAAAGGCAACGCCUUUUUUUAUUAAACCUACUAACAAUCAGUUACGCGAGUGUUUAUGUGUCGUGUGCUGUACCCACUACUUUCUGUGAUGAUACAUUUGACACCGAGACAUGGAUGAUCUUUUAUGAAUUCACCUUAAUCCGCAAUGGCUGUCGAAAUUGAGAAAACACUUAUGUUAUUUUUAAAGGUAUGCCUUUAAAAACAGUAUCAACUAUUGAGAUCAACUUGUUUAUUUUUUCUUGCCUUAGUGUAUUUUUUUCCUAUUAUUGUCGUUACAUGUAACAAUUAAAUUUCUGUUUAAAGACGACGCAUUGUAUAGUAUAAAUUAAUUGAAAAAAUAUGCUUUAGUUACUAGGUAAAUAAUCAUGUACAUAACUAUGUAUUUUCAUUGAUUAUCUAUAAUUUUAAUAAAUCAUUCACUAAUAAAAAAAAA